GUUAUAACUAAUGGUGACCGUUAACGUGGUAGCGGAAGUUAGCUGCUGAUCCAGAAGGCCAGCUUCUGAACAAAAGUUAUAGAAGUACCAGCGAAUCUUAUUUUAUAAUAUCAUAGCAAAGAUCUAACUGUGUGAGGGACUCAUCGACUCUAGAGUUCAACAACAAUGGUGAGGGUGGACAGCAGAGGUCGCGUCCAAGGGUCAGGGGCAGCAACGUGCGCUCCGGAAAGAACUUCCUUCUCCAUCAGUAGUAUUAUCCAGGUGGAUGAGGACCAGGAUGUCGUCCGGGAUACCAGAGCCAUGGAAUCCCCAAAGGACCUCAGCCGCAGCCAGACCUCGAUUGAUCGGUUAGUCGUGGAUAACGAUAACAGUCAGCGGCCAGCGGGCGAUGACAUCCCACAGGCUGGAGCGAAAGUCGACGAUGUAAAGGACAUGCGUAAGUCUGGAGAUAAGAACAAAGGUGAAAAGGACGAAAAGAAACCGAAGCACGAAAAGCCACCGUUUAGCUAUAACGCCCUCAUCAUGAUGGCGAUCCGACAGAGUCCCGAAAAACGACUAACUCUAAACGGCAUCUACGAGUUCAUCAUGAAAACAUUUCCGUACUACAAGGAAAACAAACAGGGCUGGCAGAACUCAAUACGCCAUAACCUGUCCCUGAACAAAUGCUUUGUGAAAGUGCCCCGCCACUACGACGACCCAGGUAAGGGUAACUACUGGAUGCUCGACCCCUCCAGUGAUGACGUCUUCAUCGGCGGUACAACGGGCAAGUUACGACGACGGUCCACAGCGGCCUCACGGAACAGACUGGCUGCAUUCAAGCGGACAUUUAGUGGGGCUUUUCCGGGUUUUCCUGGGUCCUUGGCCGUUGGGCCAAGUCACGGAAUGGAUAAACCUUUAGGAUGGCCUUUUCAUCCUUACCCUUCUUUACAACCGAUGUUUAAGUACCCAGCAGCCUACUCUAGUCUUGCUCAUGGUGUGAUGGCCUUGCCAAAGCCAGGCCACCUUCACCAAGGGUUUUCCAUUGACAGAUUACUGGGCGCAACGGAUGCGUGUUCAACUGGCGGUGGUCUUCACCCGCCGGCUCUAAGAUCAGGACUGCCCGUUCCUUGCACAAAUGCAUCGUGUACUUCUUUAGCCAUCAACUCAUCAGUGUGUUGUGGCAAUCUGCUCUCUCACCUGGCUCAUCACCCCGUUCACUUUCAAGUUGCCGGCAGUAACUUCGACUCUGGGCUCCGGGCUUUGCAACUAGCUUGUGCGGGACAGCUGCAGUCAUUACCAGCCCACCCUCCGAUCAGCUCGUCCCAAACAGCCGCAACUAGUGCCGGAGGGGAAUCUACAAUCUACAGGCCCAUUCCCAUUCUAUCAAAACAGAGUUAGUAGAGACUACUAGUAUUUUAAAGGUUAACUUUAAGCAAAUCGGUGCAGACCGUUAAGCUUGGUGGAAUUAUCAGUUCUUUAGAGACGAUCCUGCAAAGUCAGUUGAAAUGGUCAUUAGUCAAUGAACUGUGUAAUGUUUUGUAAAAUAUCUAUGUAUAUGCAACAUGUGCAUGUUUUAUGACUCGUGACUCAAUGUAAUGCUGUGAGGACGAAAUAACGCCUAGCGUUUAACUCCAGCUAAAUCCCAAAUCAUUUCUUCAGUGCUGAUAGACUAUAUGAACUAGAAACGUGGCUUGUGGUCCAGCCUUGACAGUCCCAAUCCUAGUUGGCAUUGUGCUGUCCUGUAAGUUCAAUGUCUGUAUGUUUCUUGUUGUAUUUAAACUAUCGUAUAUAGAUGCUCUAUGUAAGUGUGCUGUAUACAUGAUAUUUAGAAAAAAGUGUUGUGUAUAUACAUAAUAUAAUAAUCGUAUAUAUUGUUUAAGCAUACGAAUACUCCAACUUAUUAAAUCCCUCUUUAAUGAAAGUGCAAAAGGGUUAAAUCAAUGUAUAUGCUUAGCAAUACCAGUAAAAAAAUGUUGAAAACCUCUAUAAGACUUCAUUGUUGAUAUCUUUGUUGAAUAAAAUCAUUAACUUAGAAAUACAUCACUUUUAAAAAUAUCAACAUAAAGUAUGUGACGGUAACUGCAAAGAGAGAUUAACCCUAUCAUUACAUUUGAUUGCACUUUAACCAACAUAAGAUUAAAUUAAGAUAUGCAUAUAUAAGUAUAUAUAUAAACACAUACAAAUUCGUUGUAUUUAAUAACGCACAAUGUUUCUUUGCAAGAAAGGUGAACGGGCAAAAACUGCUCAAUUUCAGACACGUGUUCAAUAUUUCGUCAAGUUUAUGUUUCUAACGUUACAACAGAGCCAACGUAAAGUUUACAUGCUUGAUGGAGAAAUGUCUAUUUCAUUCUAUCUCAAAAUUAUGAAACCUUAAAUGAAAGAAACAAAAAUAGCAGACAUUGGAAAUGAGUCUACUCUUUUAUCCCCUGCAGUAUAUAUCAGUAUUAUACUCUCGUAUAAUAGAAAGAAUAUCUUUGUACACAAUCAGUAACAGAUCUGAUUAUAAAUAUGCAAAUAGGUGUUGCACAAUUAUAUCUUUAUUUCUACCACAACAGUUUAAUAAUGAUACUGCCCUGAUCAGAUAAUCUUUGUAGCCAUCAUGCUCUUGUGUGUGACAUAUAUAUGUACAAUAUGGAGAUUUGAAACAGCUAUUUUUGGAACAAUAGAGUCACUUCUGUACAACGUUUCGUUCCUAACAAUGAGACAUGACCACGUACAAUAUAUAAGGUACAAGUAUUUCUAAACUUCGUAUUGUUCAUAAAUUAAGUGGAUACUUCUUAAAAAGCAAGUAUGUGAAAUAUUUAUGU